AUGAAAGCUUUUCAUUUUGAUGAAAAGAUCCUGCUGAAGAAGCAAACUAGGCAAGGAGAGAGGAGAGGAGACAAGGAGAGAGGAGCGGUGACAAGGAGAGAGGAGGAGACAAGGAGAGAGGAGGAGACAAGGAGAGGAGGAGACAAGGAGAGAGGAGAGAAAACAAGGAGAGACAACAAGGAGGAGACAAGGAGAGAGGAGAGAAAACAAGGAGAGACAACAAGGAGGAGACAAGGAGAGAGGAGAGAAAACAAGGAGAGAGGAGAGGUGACAAGGAGAGAGGAGGAGACAAGGAGAGAGGAGGAGACAAGGAGAGAGGAGGAGACAAGAGAGAGAGGAGGGAGACAAGGAGAGUCGAGGAGACAAGGAGAGAGGAGAGGUGACAAGGAGAGGAGAGGAGACGAGGAGAGGAGACAAGGAGAGAGGAGGAGACAAGGAGACGAGGAGAGGAGACAAGGAGAGAGGAGGAGACAAGGAGAGAGGAGAGGUGACAAGGAGAGGAGCGGAGACAAAGGAGAGAGGAGGAGACAAGGAGAGAGGAGAGGUGACAAGGAGAGAGGAGGAGACAUGGAGAGAGGAGAGGUGACAAGGAGAGGAGCGGAGACAAGGAGAGAGGAGGAGACAAGGAGAGAGGAGAGGAGAGGAGAGGAGACAUGGAGAGAGGAGGAGACAAGGAGAGAGGAGGAGACAAGGAGAGGUGACAAGGAGAGAGGAGGAGACAAGGAGGGAGGAGGAGAAGAGGAGAGAAAACAAGGAGAGAGGAGAGGUGACAAGGAGAGAGGAGGAGACAAGGAGAGAGGAGGAGAGAGGAGAGAGGAGAGGAGACAAGGAGAGAGGAGAGGUGACAAGGAGAGAGGAGGAGACAAGGAGAGAGGAGGAGACAAGGGAGAGAGGAGGAGACAAGGAGAGAGGAGAGGUGACAAGGAGAGGAGAGGAGACAGGAGAGAGGAGGAGACAAGGAGAGGAGGAGACAAGGAGAGAGGAGGAGACAAGGAGAGAGGAGGAGACAAGGAGAGAGGAGAGGUGACAAGGAGAGGAGAGGAGACAAGGAGAGAGGAGGAGACAUGGAGAGAGGAGAGGAGACAAGGAGAGAGGAGGAGACAAGGAGAGAGGAGAGGUGACAAGGAGAGGAGAGGAGACAAGGAGAGAGGAGAGGUGACAAGGAGAGAGGAGGAGACAAGGAGAGAGGAGAGGUGA